ACAGUCUUGUAUAACACGACCGUGGUAGUAGUUGUAUACAUGAAGACUAUUUACUAUCUUACGAUUGGAAACACAAGACAAGUACACAACUUACUGAUAUCGUUGUUAACCGUGUACAGCCGCUGUACUACAGCGUCUCACAUUCUCAUUUCAGUUUUCUCUCUUAUUUGAACGUCGAUUUCCUUAUCGCUCGGAGGCGUCUGCGUGAGUAAAAGCCACCGUUUCUCUGCCUGUUAGGUUGCCCUUUAAGCGUGUUUUGUGAAAAUAACAACGCCGUAUUCACAUUUAUGUUUAAAAUUUAAAAAGUUAAUAUCAAUAAAAUAUUGAGUUCGUGUAAACGUGUAUUGAUCCGUAUUCUACGUGACCGACCACAUUUCCAGCGUGUAAGCCAUUGAUUCCACUCGGUUGCAAUCAAGAUUCUUGGUAUAAAAAACAAUAUUUUUACAGUUUACACGAUCGUUUUUUUUUACUAUUCUAUGGUGUUUUGAAUUUCGUCAGAAUUUCUAAUGAUAAGUCUUGUAUGAAUUUCAAUUGCGUGCUUAGUCUUUGUUAGGAAAAUUUGCUCGAUUUUUUGAAAGUAUUAUGGAAUCUAAAAACGUUGAGUCUGUAGACAAAUCAGAUCAAGAUGAUGCGUUUAUUGAAAAUGGUAUAACUAAAAAAGUUGAUAAGAAUAAUGUAAAAGGUAAAAGACGUAGAAAAUGUUUACGUGACAAAACAGCUCCAAGACCCCCACAUUCUGGAUACAUACGAUUUUUAAAUGACAGACGUGAACAAUUUCGUUCGGAAAAUCCUAAUUUACCAUUUGCUGAAAUAACUAAAGUAUUAGCUGCUGAAUGGAAUCAGUUGCCAGCAGAUAAAAAACAACUAUAUCUCUCAGCAGCUGAACAAGAACGAGUAAAAUAUGUUGAAGAAUUAGCAGCUUAUAAAAAGACAGAUGCAUAUAAAAAUUUUAUUCAACGCAAAAUGAAAAAGAAAAAAGUUAAUAUCCAAAUCCAAGAAGACGAAGAGGAUGAAGAAUUUAAAAAAGAGAAAUCAUCUGGUGAUACCAAAUUAAAAAAGGAUCCAGAAUUAAAAAAAGAAAAACCCUCUUCUGAUAAUACAAAAUUAAAAAAGGAACAAGAAUCAAUAAAAAUAAAACCAUCUAAUGAUAACAUUAACACAGUUUAUGACAUACCAAUAUUCUCUGAUGAAUUCUUAAUCUUCAAUAAAGCUAGAGACACUGAACUAAGAUACCUCCGUAAAACGGUAACGGAUCAAGAACAAGAAGUGUCUGUUUUAGAUAAACAUAUUGAAAACAUGGAAAAUGGCAUUGUCAAAUUAACGGCUAAUGUAGAGAAACUCGAAGCUGGAUGUUCAAAAUAUGAAGAGCAUUUAAAUAAAUUACGACCUUUACUUCUAGAUGCUUUUGCUGACAUUUCAUUCCCAGAUAACAUUGAGCCACCUACCAAUGAAAAUCUUGACACAUUUAUGAUUAAUUUAUCUACACUUCUAACUACUGAUACUGGUACUGAUACUGGUACUGAUACUGAUUCUUCGUGGAUUGAAAAUGUAAAAAAAGCUAUUUCUAAUUUGGAUUUUUCGCAAUGUUAAAAUAAAUUAUAUUUUUUUGUAUUAAACUAUGUCAUAAAUGUUCCAAUUAAGUUUUUUUUUUAAAUUAUUUAAUAUUUUCAUGUGAUAUAGUUUUUAUUUCAAACAAUAAAGAAAAUCCAUUGACUGAGGUAUAUAUGUAGUGGAAAAUUGAAUAAAAGAUGUAUUAUUUACAAUAA